AUGCAUUUGUAAAUACCAAAUAAAAAAACAAACUAGAUUAGACCAUCUAUGUUUUUGAAUAAUUUAGAUCUGAAUACAGUUUUAUUAAGUCCAAAAUUGAAUCCCUCUGAUAUUGAAAAGUCUCCUCUCAUCAGUCAAUUAAGAUUAAAAAAGAAAAAAGAUGUUCCAAAGCUACCUGUUAUUAAAGAGAAAUCUAAUAUAUUUAUCAGUAAUAAAUAAUCACUAGAAAAUACUCAUUACAAUGAUUCAAAUAACUAAACAACUUCUAUGAAAGCUUCAUUGUAAAAAGGGGAACAAUUAAAAUUACCAGAAAUAUAAUAUACUUCUCCGUAAAACGAAACAAAACAUAAAAAAAAUUUAACAGAGGGGAAUUUAGAUAAAAAGAGGGUUGAAUUUAGAGCAUCCAUAUUAGUGAUAGAUUUUAUUAAUUAAGUUAUUAAGAAAGAUAAAAUUGAUGGAAGUUCAAAGCCUCUAAUUCGAAAAGGUUUCCAUAGAUAACCAACUAAAUUUUUGCCAAAAUUAGAUUAAAAGAAUGAUUAAAUUUGA